AUGGAUGUGUUGGACGUCAACAACCCGUCUCGCCCGCCGCUGACAGGGGGCAACGCGACGGAAUUGGGAAUCGGCUCAUCUCGCCGCCGAUCUGGGGUUGUGAUUCGGGAGAACGCGGGUCAGCCGCAGGAGCAGGCGCGCGGGGUUACUCGUGAAGGGGACGUCGACCCUUUCAAACUAGGGUUUGAUCGAAUUAUGUCUCGUUUCGAUCAAUUGGAGAUGCGUAUGGAUAAUUCUGAUCGUCGGAUGGAUAAUAUGGAGGGUCGACCCCUACAGGAGGAUGAUCUCUCGGUUGAGGAGUCCGAUUCCGACGAUCGCGAGUAUCGUUCUUAUCGCGAUCCGCACGGCCAGCCCAAGGAUUGUAAACCUAGACGUCAGGCAGGUUAUCGCGGAGGGCGACCGCCACGGGGCGGGCGAAAGGACGUGUAUAGAGGGCGUGAUUCUUAUCGACGAGAGGAGGGAGCAUCGCCCGAUACACGCCCGCGGCGCACGACAAGUUGGGACCGGCCCUCUGCGCGCCUGAAAGGGGGCCCUACUCGCCGCCCAACGGUGUGGGACAGUCCCCGACAUCGGGAGCAGGGUGCUUGGAGACAUGGAGGUGAUGACAACACGGGCGUCACUAUGCGGGCACCGCACUUCGACGGCUCAAAUGCGACGAAUUGGAUAUCACGCGUCGAAUAUUACUUUAAUCACAAACUGAUGCCCGAGGAGGACAGGCUACAUUACACAGUUAUGUUAUUCGAACCUCCGGCGGCAGAAUGGAUUUUUAACUAUCAGAAGAACAAUCCCUACGUUACUUGGCCCGAAUUUUUGGAGGACGUACGUCAUCGCUUUGAUCCUCAGAGUUUCAAGAAUUAUACGGGUCCCCUUGCAAAAUUGGUACAAACGGGCUCUGUUACUGAAUAUCACAACACCUUUGAGAGGUAUUUGGACAGAGUCCAAGGUCUUUCGGACGAGGCAUUGAUCCCAAUCUUUAUUGAGGGUUUGAAACAACCGCUCCAGGAGACGGUGGAGUUGCAACAACCGCAAUCACUAGCCGAGGCAAUGGCGCUGGCGCUGCGGUUGGGAGCAAGUCAGGAGCAGCGCGCGCAGCAGGCUGCUGCAACCCAGAAGCGGCAGUGGCAGAACAGGGACUCCCGGCUCGCUGCGGGGGCCCCGACGACCAGCUCCGCCCCACCACCGACUGGGGCGCCAUCGACCAACACUCGCUUUGCUCCAGUCAGGGUUUCGCUGGCUGAAAAAUCAGAGAGAUCGAGGAAGGGGUUGUGUUGGCAUUGCCCCGAGAAAUAUACCCCGGGACAUGUGUGUGCGGUGAAAUUGUUGUGUUAUGUCGGGGAGGAGGAUGACGAGGAUACACGACCGGAUACCGAGUGUCAAUUACAGGAUGAUCAUGUUAUCACGGCAGACCUAUCUCACCUGCAUUCGUUGAAUGGGAACAGCCGGUCUAGGCCAUUUAGGGUGACAGGAAACAUUGGAUCAACGGAGGUGGGCGUACUUAUUGAUACAGGGAGCACCCACGACUUCCUGCACCCGCGAAUUGCGGAGCGCCUCCAGCUCGCUUUGACACCUAUUCGACCCUUUCGGGUAUACGUAGGAAACGGAGCCUCGUUAUUAUGUGCCCACGUGUCUCGUCGCACGAAGUUGACUAUACAAGGUGCUCAGUUUUUGGUGGAUUUGCACAUUCUGGAAGUGCAUGGAGCGGAUGUGAUCCUAGGGAUGGACUGGCUCGAAUCACUUGGCAAAAUCUCGGCGGAUUUUGUUGGGAAAACCCUGGAGUUCCGACGGGGAGAAGAUGCGAUCGUGUUGAAGGGGGAUAGACCGGGACCGCAGCAGCUGUCCUUGAAUUCAUUGAUGAUGCUGGCAGCUCACUCUCCAUCACACGAAUUUUAUGAGAUUGUGCCCUUCGAUUCCGAACCGGGGACAGGCGAGUUGUUAUCCGUCGAACCGUGUUUUCCACCUGAUCUACCGCCACAGUUUAGGGCAGUAUUGGAGGCUCAUCAGCAGGUGUUCGCGUUGCCAGUAGGGAUGCCCCCUAAGCGAGCUUUCGAUCAUAAAAUCCAUUUGCUCCCCAACACCAAACCAAUUAACGUGCGACCAUACCGUUACCCUUACUUUCAGAAGAACGAAAUCGAGCAUCAGGUUCAGGAGAUGUUAGAACAAGGGAUAAUACAGAAAAGCCAGAGCCCUUUCUCGUCUCCAGUAUUGUUGAUUCGGAAGAAGGAUGGUUCUUUCAGGUUUUGCAUAGAUUAUCGUGCCCUGAACUCGGCGACUAUUCCGGACCACUUCCCGAUCCCGACCGCGGAUGAACUAUUCGAUGAGCUAGGUGCGGCCAAGUUCUUUACGAAGUUGGACUUACGUUCGGGAUAUCACUAA